UAAAACAGGCCGGCCGGGAGGGGACCGGGCAUUUUGGAGCACGAUGGCUAACGGGAAGGCUCUGUGCCUGCUACAGGGACUGCUGAUCUUAGCUCUGUAUCGACCAUCUCUCCAAGGGGGGGUUGCUCCGCCUGCUGGUGCUGGAGUUGGUGGAGCCGUAGCUGGCCUUGGAGCCGGCGGUCUAGGAGGUGGAGGUUUUGGAACCGGAGUUGGUCCGGGAGCCGGCGGUCUAGGAGGUGGAGGUUUUGGAACCGGCGUUGGACUGGGAGCCGGUGGUCUAGGAGCUGGAGGUCUAGGAGCCGGCGGUCUAGGAGCUGGAGGCCGUGGAGCUGGAGGACUCGGAGGUGGAGGUUUUGGACCCGGAGUUGGACUGGGAGCCGGUGGUCUAGGAGCUGGAGGUCUAGGAGCCGGCGGUCUAGGAGCCGGCGGUCUAGGAGCUGGAGGCCGUGGAGCUGGAGGUCUCGGAGGUGGAGGUUUUGGACCCGGAGCUGGACCUGGAGGUGUCGGAGCUGGCGGUCUUGGAGUCGGUGUUGGUCCAGGAGCUGGUGGGGUUGCAGGAUACAAACCAGGCAAAGCUGCAGGUGGAUAUGGGUACGGUACUCUCGGUGUAGGGGCUGGUGGAGUCCGGCCAGGCGGUUAUGGACCAGGUGGAGUUGGUCCAGGUGGAGUUGGACCAGGUGGAGUUGGACCAGGUGCUGGAGCUGGGGGCUUUGGGCCAGGCGGUCAGGGUGGCUAUGGCGGGUAUGGACCUGGCGCUGGCCGCUUCUUUCCAGGAGCUGGAGGGGCGGGGCUGAAACCCUCCAAAACAGGUCCCGGAGGCAGGGGGACUGUGCUAGGAGGAGGCGGGACCGGGGGCGUUGGAGGCGGGACCGGGGGAGUUGGAGGCGGGACCGGGGGAGUUGGAGGCGGGACCGGGGGCGUUGGAGGUGGGACCGGGGGCGUUGGAGGGCCUGGUUUUCCUCAGACUGGCCUCCCAGGUGGGAAGACUGGCGGAAAGGCUUCCAAAGUUCCAGGUGUGGGAAUGCCCGGGCUCUAUCAAGGUGGACUUGUACCUGGACAAGGAUUUGGGGGUCGUGGGGUCCUGCCCGGUGUCGCCGUUGGAAACGGACUGCAGCAGUCAGGUCACCUGGGCCCGGUUGCUAUAGGAACUAACGGUGGACGUGGGGGAUUUGAUCCACGUCAGCCAGGUGUAUUCCGGGGGUAUCCAAUCAUUGCACCCAAAUCCCAAGGAGGUGCAGCCAAGGCUCUAGCUAAAGCAGCAAAAUACGGUGCAGCCACGGGUGUGGCUGGAGCUGGCGGUAUUCCCGGCUUUGGUGGUGUUCCGGGUGCCGGUGGCGUUCCGGGUGCCGGUGGUGUUCCCGGUUUUGGUGGCGUUCCAGGUGCCGGUGGCGUUCCGGGUGCUGGUGGUGUUCCUGGCUAUGGUGGCGUUCCGGGUGCCGGUGGCGUUCCCGGCUUUGGUGGCGUUCCUGGAUUUGGUGGCGUUCCGGGUGCUGGUGGUGUUCCCGGCUUUGGUGGUGUUCCAGGUUCCGGUGGCGUUCCGGGUGCCGGUGGCGUUCCUGGAUUUGGUGGCGUUCCAGGUGCUGGUGGCGUUCCUGGUGCUGGUGGUGUUCCUGGCUAUGGUGGCGUUCCGGGUGCCGGUGGCGUUCCUGGAUUUGGUGGCGUUCCGGGUGCUGGUGGCGUUCCUGGUGCUGGUGGUGUUCCUGGCUAUGGUGGCGUUCCGGGUGCCGGUGGCGUUCCUGGAUUUGGUGGCGUUCCGGGUGCUGGUGGCGUUCCGGGUGCCGGUGGUGUUCCUGGCUAUGGUGGCGUUCCGGGUGCCGGUGGCGUUCCAGGUGCCGGUGGUGUUCCCGGCUUUGGUGGCGUUCCGGGUGCUGGUGGCAUUCCUGGAGGUGGACUGAUCCCUGGAACUGGAGGUGUGUACCCUGGGGGAUACGGUGGUGGUGCUAAGCCUGCUAAAUACGCGCCUGGAGGUGCUGGACCUGGAGGCGGAGCUGUAUUUGGGGGCGGGGCAGGACGGGUACCGGGGGCUGGAGGUUAUCCAGCCGGGUCGAAACCUUUUAAAUACGGGUAUGGACCUGGGGGUAAACCACCUAAAUAUGGUGCUGGUGGAGUGUUAGGUGGAGCUGGUCAAGUCCCCGGCGGAGUACCUGGUGGAACAGGCGGAGUACCUGGUGGAACAGGCGGAGUACCUGGUGGAACAGGUUAUGGAGGUGGCGCAAAACCUCCAAAAUAUGGAGUCCCAGGUGGAGCCGGAGGAACUCAAGGUGGGGCAGUCCCUGCAGGUGGGGCCAGAGGUGUACCAGAUGGGCCUGGCGGCACACCGGUCCCAGGUACGGGGGCUGUCUCCGGAGGUGCAGGUACAGGACAGCCCAUCGACCCCAGCGGAAAACCAGCAAAGGGGCCAACUCUGGCUCCGGGAGGAGUUACAGUCCCAGGACCGACGGCUUUUACUGCAAACAUCUCCACCCCCGAGCCCAGUAAGAUCUGCUGUACCGCGGCUGCCCAUCCCUGCGUCCUCUGUCCUGUGGACUCCCUGUCCCUCUGUCCCCUCCUGCACCUCGAACCCGUGUCCUUCUGCACCUCGAACCCGUGUCCUUCUGCACCUCGAACCCGUGUCCUUCUGCACCUCGAACCCGUGUCCUUCUGCACCAUUGUGCUCACCGUCUGCCUCCCCCCUGCCUGA